ACGUAGCAGAAGAGGCACGGGGACUACAAGCUCCGCUGCAAUUAUUGCAAGCAUGUGUGGCAGGGCAAUUUGUUCAAGGCGCAGCGGCACUUCACGUAGCUGAAGAGGUGCGCGGCGGCAACGAUGGAUGUGUUUGUGGACAUUUGGAACCACACAGAGUACGAGUUCGAUGACCGUCAUCACCGCGGUAUCAUGGCGUACAUGAGGGAGCAUGAUAUCACGGAUAGACGAGCCAUGGACGUCCAUCAGGGCAGUGGCAGGGGCCGGACGGGUGGGACACAAUCACGACCACAGGAGCGUGAUGCUGUGGAGGAGGUGGAGGAGUUCCUUGCCGAGGAGGCGAGGCGAGCAGAGGCACGGGGCAGUGAGGAGGGUGGAGCGGCAGGCCCGGCACCCGAUAUGCCGGGAGAGGAUGUGGUUAUGACUGCGCGAGGAAAGAUGCCGGUGGAGAGUGGAGUUGAGGGCGUGCCACAAGGGCGCAAGAGACAGCGGCGGUCAAGACUGGACGAGGUGUACAAUCCGGAUGGGCAGGCCGGAUUCAGGGACACUUUUUUGCAGUGGGCCUACGAUGACGGUAUUCCGUUCGCUGCAUUUAGGAGGCAGUCAUGGCUUCGUCACAAGAAGCAGUUGGCCUCCAUGCCUCGCGGAGUGCGGCCAGUUUAUCCGUCCUUCAAGGACAUCGGGGGCGCUGGUAUUGAUGAGCAGCGAGGGAAGGUUGCCGCAAUGUUGAGGGAGGUCUGUAGUUCGUUUGAGUCGAUAGGGGCCACCAUUUUGUCGGACGGUAGGCAGUCGCGAGACGCUAGGCCUAUAGUCAACUUCCUCGCAGCCGCCAAGCACGGUGCCCUCUUAUACGCCACCGUCCAGCGAGACGGUUCACUGUCCGAGACGGCACAGAUCGUCCUGAGGAGGUGGAAGGCCAUUUUUCGGUCUUUCCCUCCGAAGGACGUGUUGGCCAUUUGCACGGACUCUGCGUCGAACUACACGUCGGCCGCAAACCUCCUUGCGAAGGACUCUGAUCCGAACAUUCGCCGUAUCACUUGGCUCCCGUGUGCCACCCACGUGGCCAACUUGAUGUUGUCUGACAUCGGGACACGGGUUCCUUGGGUUACGGACACCAUUUUCAGGGCUCGGGCGUUGGUGCGAUUCAUUAAAUCGCACGGCGAGGCUUAUCACCUAUUCAGGCUCAUCCGCUGCGCCGAUUUCUGGCGCAACGUUCAGCACGCUGCUGCAGUCAUGACCCCUGUCCACCAGCUGCUGAGGAGAUUGGACAGGGGCGGCAUGAUCAUGUCCACGAUGUACUCAUGGUCACAGGAGUUGGUACGGCAGGUGGCUGCUGCUGACGUCCCUGAUGACAUGCGGGGGCCUAGCGUGGAGGCGGUGCAGAUCCGCACUAUGCAUAUGCUUGAGCCUGCGCACGCUGCGGCGCACCUGCUCAACCCCCGCAGACGCUCUCUCCGUUACUACGAGUCCGCCCGCAGGACAGCUGCGGACCUCGAGGUCGUCACCGAGUGCAACUCGUUUUUGUUGGCGCAGACAAGCAGUGAUCGUGUUGGGGAUGCAUACUUGCGGGUGCGUGAGCAGAUGCGAUCCUUCCACUCCAGGGUCGGCCACCACAAAGAGAGGGUGACGAGGGACGUCGAGGCGGAGGCCUGUGUAGGGGACGAGGAGACGAGCAGGAGCGCAUCAUGGUGGGUGGAGCACGGCGCAUGCUUCCCGGACUUGCAGGAGAUCGCUGGCCGUGGUGGUGGUCCAGAGUCCGUGGAGGAGCUCCAUGCUCGGAUGGAUCGAGAGGAGGAGCAGCGGCUGGAGCAGUUGCAGAGAGAGUGGGUGGGCAGAGAUAAGUACAUAGCGGAGCAGCAGCGUGCUAGAGACUUGGAGAUGGGUACUGCAGUCCGUGAUGAGGGUGGGGUACAGCGUAGCUUUCGUACAGUCCCGCACGCGUUUCCAGCCGACGCAGCGAUACCUGAUACCGCAGUGCCCGAGACGUCGCCCCAGGGAGAUGUGGACUCCGGGUCUGCCGUGGGAGGAGAGUUAGGUGCGUCUGAGUAUGGCGAUGCGACCGUGUCCGACGUCAUAAUUGGGUUGUGUGCGGCGGGCACAUUGCAGCCAGGCGAUGCAGCCACUCAGGAGGCAGUUCCCAUGGACGACGAUUCAGGCGAGUUGGAUGGAGGCCGCAUACCCGAUGCGGAGGGCGAUGAUGGGGCGGGUGAUGCCGACCGUCUUGCACCUGCGCACAGCACCGGUCCAGGUCGAUCGACACACGGGUCGAUUGGGGUUGACGCAUGUGGACCAGUACAGGGCCAUGCACAUGUAGACGACGCUGGAGGCAGUAUGUCGUGGGCGUUGGUGUUGCGUCAUCCUUCACCGGUCGCGCACAAGGAUAUGUCACAUCCUGCGGAGGGUAGAGGUGGUGUUGAUGAGGAGGGGGAGGGCGGUACGGCAGAUGAUCGUACUAACCCAGAGAGAGCAAAAAUGGAGGAGGGGCAGAUUACACCUGGCCUACUUGACCCUGACGCGUUGCAUCGUGCGGCGAUGGAGGAUCCGAUUAUCACACGAACUGCAGGAUCUGUCGGUGUCGUAGUUCGCUCGCCUCCGCUGUACACACCUUUGAGCCCUUUGUAUUCCGGCUCUCCUGCGAGCUUGGAGCGCGAGCAGCAACGUUCAAAGUCUAUUAGAGCAGCGGCUUCAGGUGCACGCACGACUCGCAUCCCCCCAGUCACACCUCCUCCACCGACUAUGAUCCGCGACAGUCCGACAACUGUCACGGGCAGGGAGAGAGAGAGAGGCCACAUGUCCUCGUCGUCAUCGCCUCGCCUAGACACACAGCAGUCGCUUCACCGUUCAUGGAGCACAGUGCGACGAGUUGACGACGGUGUGUGGGGUGAUUUCGCGGCGCAUCAGGCGCUGUUGAGCAAGGAGCAGAGACCGGCACCGAGUUUGAGGACUGCUUAUCACAUUCUCGGCAUGCCUAGAUACGGCGCGCGCAGAGGCUUACUUUUAGGUUCACGCAUGGCCGCACUUGCGUUGUAUACUUCCGGAUAGGACGGUGUGUUGGCGCCUAGUGGAGAGCGAUCUCACACCACCAUUAACGAGA